CUGGGCGCGGUGGUCGCCCAGCCGGUGCUGCGCCCCGUGCAGAUCAUGCAGAACGCCAACCACGUCACGAGCUCGCCGGUGGCCAGCCAGCCCAUCUUCAUCACCACCCAGGGAUUUCCCGUGAGGAACGUGCGGCCUGUUCAAAACACAAUGAACCAAGUUGGGAUUGUUCUGAAUGUACAGCAAGGUCAGACAGUCAGACCUAUCACACUCGUCCCAGCCCCAGGUACCCAGUUUGUUAAACCGGCCGUUGGCGUUCCUCAGGUGUUCUCCCAGACGGCCCAGGUGAGGCCAGGUGCUCCCCUGCCUGUCCGCCCCGCCGCCAACACCUUCACCACGGUCAUCCCGGCCACGCUCACCAUCAGGAGCACGGUGCCACAGUCCCAGGCACCCCAGCAGAGUAAGUCCACUCCCAGCACCUCCACGACUCCCACCGCCACACAGCCGACGGCGCUCGGACAGCUAGCCGUGCAGCAGCCAGGGCAGUCCACCCAAGCCACUAACCCCAAAUUAGUGAGUAUGGCGAGCUUUGUGACUGUAAAGAGGCCUGGAGUGACUGGUGAGAACAGCAAUGAGGUUGCUAAGCUAGUGAAUACACUGAACACCAUUCCUUCGUUAGGACAGAGCCCUGGCCCACUGGUGGUUUCCAACAGCAGCCCCGUGCACGGGUCCCAGAGAUCGAGUGUCUCAGAGUCGUCGUCGUCGUCCUUAAAAGUCAGUUCAUCUCCUAUUCCCACAUUUGACUUGCAAGAUGGUGGCAGGAAGGUCUGCCCAAGAUGUGACGCUCAGUUUCGAGUCACUGAAGCUUUAAGAGGACAUAUGUGUUACUGCUGCCCUGAAAUGGUCAAAUCCCUCAGGAAAAGAAAAUCUCCAGAAUCUGAACCAAAUAUUCAAUCUGCAAAGCCUCCAUCUCCAGAAAAAACUACAGCUGUUGCUUCACCACCCUCUUCUACUCCUAUCCCUGCACUGUCCCCACCUGCUAAAGCUCCAGAGCCAAGUGAAAAUGUAGUUGACUCAACCCACAGUAAGCUCAUCAUGUUAGUGGAUGAUUUCUACUAUGGCAGAGAUGGUGGCAAAUCAAACCAGCUGCUGAGCUUCCCCAAGAUUCCUACGUCCUUCAGGUGUCCACACUGCACCAAGAGGCUAAAGAACAACAUAAGAUUUAUGAAUCACAUGAAGCACCACGUGGAACUGGAUCAGCAGAAUGGAGAGGUGGAUGUCCACACCAUCUGUCAGCAUUGCUACAGACAGUUUUCCACUCCCUUCCAGCUACAGUGUCACCUGGAGAAUGUCCACAGUCCCUACGAGUCAACAACAAAGUGUAAGAUCUGCGAGUGGGCGUUUGAGAGCGAGCCAAUGUUCCUGCAGCACAUGAAGGACACUCACAAGCCUGGGGAGAUGCCCUACGUCUGUCAGGUGUGUCAGUACCGGUCAUCGCUCUACUCUGAAGUGGACAGCCACUUCCGAAUGCUCCACGAGGACACGCGGCACCUGCUCUGCCCCUACUGCCUCAAGGUCUUCAAGAACGGCAACGCCUUCCAGCAGCACUUCAUGAGGCACCAGAAGAAGAGUGUUUAUCAUUGCAACAAGUGUAGACUCCAGUUCCUAUUUGCCAAGGAUAAAAUUGAACACAAGCUGCAGCACCACAAAACUUUCCGGAAGCCCAAACAAUUGGAAGGACUGAAGCCUGGGACAAAGGUUACAAUCAGGGCAUCUAGAGGACAGCCACGGACAGUGCCAGUAUCUUCCAAUGACAUGCCGCAGGGCACUGGGCAGGAGACCACUCCACUGUCAUCUACUGACCCCCAGCCCAUCUUCCUGUACCCACCUGUCCAGAGGAACGUCCAGAAGAGAGCGGUCAAAAAAAUGAGCGUCUUGGGCAGACAGACUUGUCUGGAGUGCAGCUUUGAAAUCCCUGACUUCCCAAACCACUUCCCCACCUACGUGCACUGUUCGCUGUGUCGCUACAGCACUUGCUGCUCCCGCGCUUACGCCAACCACAUGAUCAACAACCACGUUCCUCGAAAGAGCCCAAAAUACUUGGCUUUGUUUAAAAACUAUACUGCCUGUGGUGUAAAGCUGUCCUGUUCCUCCUGUCUCUUUGUAACAUCUGAGGGUGACACAAUGGCCGAACAUCUGGUCUUCAAUCCAUCCCACGAGUUCAGCAACAUUAUUUUCCGAGGGCCUGCUUGGAUGUUGCGUUCCAGGCACGUUCAGCCCCAGGACAAAAGCCUGAAGAACACCUGCCCUACCUAUUCCCCCAGUAAAGCUGCUACUGUGAAGACAAAGCCUGUGCCACCCACGAAGGACGAGCUGGAGGCCGCGCUGGCGCCGGCGGCCUGCGGUGAGCCUCCGCUGUGCCAGGAGGAGGAGAGCCCGAAC